GCUCCCGUGACACAGCGAGCGCGCUUUUAAAGACCCCGUGUCGCGCGCUCGAUCUUGUUGCGAGGGGCAAUGGAAUCGGGGCCGCGCACGCAGGAAGGCUGAUGACCAUCACACUCUCGUCACGUCACGGAUCCGCAGCGGCCGAUAGAGAUGCUGAGGUGACAGCAGGCAGAAGGAGAACAGGGACGACCAACACUCCGACAUAUUCCACCCUGUAAACCUGCUUAUUAUUCUCUAACAUUUUCUACAAACGCGACCACCGCCGCCAUCUCUUCUUCAUGGACGGCUCCCUCGCGAUGGGAUUCCGUUCAAUGUCGUCCCCUCCGCCUCCAAAAGCAGAGGAUUUGUUGUAACCACACCCGGCUGGAUUGGAUCAAGGAUUGGCAGCAAAAACCCGAGGGCUCUCCAUCAAGGCACUAAUGCUCGUGUCAGUGUGAGGCCGCUGGUCGAGGGGGGGGGAAGCAGUGAGGACAGCGUCCCAGGUCCACAGACGGGAUGAGCGGGGGAACGGAGCAAGCUGACAUCCUGACCGUGCUCUCCCUGGUCAAGGAACGAUGGAAAGUGGCGAAGAAGAUCGGGGGAGGCGGGUUCGGGGAGAUCUACGAGGCGGUGGACCUCCUGACGCGGGUCAGCGUGGCGCUGAAGGUGGAGUCGGCCCAGCAGCCCAAACAGGUGCUCAAGAUGGAGGUCGCCGUGCUGAAGAAGCUCCAGGGUAAAGACCACGUGUGUCGCUUUGUGGGAUGUGGCCGCAACGACCGCUUCAACUACGUGGUGAUGGAGCUUCAGGGUCGUAACCUGGCUGACCUGAGGAGGAGCAUGACUCGGGGAACCUUCAGCAUCAGCACCACGCUGCGUCUGGGGCGGCAGAUCCUGGAGGCCAUCGAGAGCAUCCACUCUGUGGGCUUCCUGCAUCGUGACAUCAAACCGUCCAAUUUCGCAAUGGGCCGCUUCCCGAGUACGUGUCGGACCUGCUACAUGCUGGACUUCGGUUUAGCUCGUCAGUUCACCAACUCCUGCCAGGAGGUCCGACCUCCUCGUCCAGUGGCAGGGUUCAGGGGAACUGUCCGAUAUGCAUCCGUCAAUGCACACAAGAAUAAGGAGAUGGGUCGUCACGAUGAUCUGUGGUCUCUCUUCUACAUGCUGGUGGAGUUUCUGGUCGGGCAGCUGCCAUGGAGGAAGAUCAAGGACAAAGAACAUGUGGGGAAGCUGAAGGAUACUUACGACCAUCGUCUCAUGCUCAAACACCUACCGGCAGAGUUUGGUGUUUUCUUGGAACACAUCGCCACACUCGACUACUUCACAAAGCCAGACUACCAGCUGCUGAUGUCAGUGUUUGACAACAGCAUGAAAACCUACAAUGUCGUGGAGAAUGACCCUUAUGACUGGGAGCGGACCGGCACUGAUGGCACUUUUACAAUCAGUGCUAGUGCCACAACACCGCAACAUCACACACGCCUCACUCCGGCACACAUGGGUAUGGCGAAUGCCUCCCUGAUCCCUGGCGACCUGAUGAGGGAAAACACAGACGAGGUUCUGCAGGACGAGCAGCUCAGCGACGCGGAGAACAACCCAGCCCCGGACCGCCUGCCGGGAUCCCCCCUCCACCCCCACCGCAACCAGGAGGCGGAUGUGUGGGAGGAGCUGGACCGCAACCGUAACCGCAUCAGGACGGCAGUCUGGAAGGCGGCAACGGAGGAGGAACACAGCAACAACCAGGGCAACCACGCAAACCAGAACCCCUACGCUGGGCCGAGUCUCGGUUCUCCAGUCAAACUGCACUCUGAGCUGGGGGCUUCAGACCGCGAUGGCCCCUUGCUGAGGAAGAUCCGCAACAUUCACAGUCUGGAUAUAGAGAGGAGGCUCAGCCUAGAAGCCAAACCCAGUCCAGAGCGCUUCCUGGAGACCUGCUCAGGGAGGCAGCAGCUCGGCCCCCAGCAGCAGGAGAUGGCGGCUGACGGAGCAGCGAUCAUCCCUGUCACUCAGGCUGUACCCGCCGGGGAGCGCCACGACAGGGUCUGGCACUACGACGAGGAGUUCCGGUCGGGUGGCGGGUCUCCUAAACCAGCAUCCUGUGGAUCCCUGGAGCAGGGAGAGGGGGCGGCCAUCAGCGGGGGCUUUGUGGCCCUGAACCUGAGCUCUGGGAGGCAGGACAUUGACUCCAGGGAGUGGGUAAUGGUGGAGAGGCCCGGCGGCUCUCCAGGAGCCAAGACCGCCACCUCGGAGGAGGAUGAGGAGCCAGAGCUGCUCCAGCGGGGGGAUCAGUCUCCUGGCUGGGAGAAGUGCAGUCCCAGCCCUCUCUCUGGCAAAGCUAGACGAGAAAGCACGGCUUCCUCCAAGGGAAGUACAAAAGUGGACAAGUUGGAGCUUAGUGGGCCCAUCGGGAGUCUGCCUCCCGUUACUCCUACCAGCCCGGGUGAAGCUCUGGCUGAAGGAGUUCUCACUCAGUUCCCCACCUCUCCUCCGUCCCUGCCUGAGGAAGUCGCUUUCCGGACCUCCAGCCCCAUCCCUCUGCGCUCUCCCAGCCCUCACACACUCCUGACCACCCUGUCGGACCCGUUGCACCUGCGCCACCCUCCCUCCCUGAGGCGCAGCAUGUCCGUCGACCCGCAGCAGCAGGAGCGCGCCUCCUCCUCCUCCUCUUGCCACGCCUCCCUCCCACAGUACCCCGCCCCCGGCACCCGCUCACCCGCUCGCAAACUACCAGCCAUCCCGGCGGGCGCUGCCAACGCCAAGUUUCCCUCCGUCAUACGCAUCACUCGUGCCCAGCUGCAGCAGUUGACGGCUCAGCGUCCCUCUGGGCUCUCCUCCCAGUCGGGAUCAGACAGUGCUCCACAGUGCCUCCUGCUGGAGAGGCGGAGUGAGGCUGAAGCCGAGCCUCAGCAGGUGCAGGAGCGCACAGCGGACAUCAGCUCCGCCCAGGACCAUGUGCCCACCAAUCCCGGGACUCCUACAGACCCCCUGGCUGAGAUAAUGGUCAAUGGAGACAUGUUUCCCAAAACUCAGGGCCCUCCGCCAAACCGUUUGUCUUCCCCUCGCUCCUUACGUUCUCUACACUCGCCUCCUCUGCGCUUGCCUUCCUCUCCUCGCUCUCCGCGCUCCCCUCACUCCCCUUGCUCCCCUCACUCCCCUCACUCCCCUCACUCCCCUCACUCCCCUCACUCCCUUCGCUCCCCUCACUCUCCUCGAAGCCCCUUUUUUGCCAAUGGCCACCUCUCCCCUACUGUUAACAGCCAAAGGGAUUUCAGUAACGGGGCGUUCCCCAAGCUGAAGGACCCUGAGAAUGAUUCUGGCCCGACCCCCUGUGCCACAGAGCCUCAGCUGAGGGGGGAGGGGACCAGAGAGGUGAACCACGAUCACACCGAUGGACCACCCUCCUCCUCCCCGGCUGCCCCCCGUAAGGACCCCAGCCGGAGGCACAGUCGCAUCCCAGUCCUGGAGCCCUCCAGCCUGUUGGAUCUCCCUCCUGCGGGGUCUGCCAAGGAGAAACUCCUACAGAAGAAAGCCAACCACCACGGAUCGGCCCCCUCUCCCACUGCUUCCCCCUCCCUCUCUGAUAGGCGUGGCCCCAUGGUGGUGUCCCUCGCUAGGGACCCGCUGUCCUCCACCUCUGACCGCUCUCAGGACGAGGACUCUCUCAUGGGCUCCCGCUCAGACCGGCAGGGAGACGACGGUCCCUCCCUCUCCCUCUCCUCCUCCAGCCCUCUGUCCCGCAAGAGCAGGAUCCCUCGUCCCGUCCAUCCGGUAUCUUCUGCUGAGCAGCUGGCCGCCCAAUACCUGCCGCGCCCGCCCCCUGGAAAACCACCGGGCCGCCCCACAGCGGAGGGCAGGCUCAGGCGUUACCGCAUCCGAGCCGGCAGCAACAGUGACUCAGACCUGCUGUCGUGCCUCGCUCAGCUGAUGCACGGCUCCCGGGGCUCCCCCCUCCACCACCGCUCCUCAGCCCAGUACGGGGGCUCUCGGAUGGGCGUCUGCAGCCUGACGAGCUCCCCCCACCACCACCGCAGCUCCAGCGCCUCCCCGCGCAGCUCCUCCUCCCUGCAGCGCUCCGUCAGCUCCUCGCCCUCCCGCCACGAGCACCGGGGGGGCGGGGGCGGGGGAGGGGGUUGCCUGGGCCGCAGCCGCUCACCUCCCAGCUUCUCCGGCUCGCCACCUCCCCGCCGCUUCUACCCUCACCACCCGGAGACGUGCUGCAGCCGCCAGGCGCGCACGGGCCCCUUCCACCUGUCCAGGGGAAAGAGCUGCAGCCGAGACGGCAAGUGCUCGAGCAAGCUGGCCAGAUAGUUCCCCCCGCGGGGGGGGGGCGCAGCAGAGGAGGGGAGGACUCCUGUAUCUUGAUAGUUUGGUCAGGAUUAAAGCCUGAGUCUUCCUGUAUUCAUUUCCCCUUUUUACGCUGUCAGUCUGAACCUUGUCUCGCUGUUUCCCGCUGUUCUCUUCACUCCUUCUAUUUGCACACAGGGUUUCUCAUUGAUUUAUGUGCCCAGUUUUAUAGGAGUGAUUUAGUAAUGCACUUCCUUUUCCAUUUUGAUUUAAGAAGAAUGCUAAAGAAUCUGUGGGACAGAAUCUGAGUCUUUGAAACUCCAUUAAAGCUCCUACAUAUCCCAUAAUGUAACUUAAAAGCAUAAGUGCCCAGUUUGUAAGGCUUACUGUUGAAAAGUCUCAAACCCAAUCUGACAUUCACCGGCUGAAGAGUACUUCUUACGACGACUACUAACUGAGCCUCAUGUGUAAAAUCGGUGCUUCUUAAGAACUUAUUAGACAAGCCAUGUUGACAAGUCAGGGUCCUCGUUUCAUAUAUAUCAUUAUGUUGUAGAAAAAAAUAGUAUAGCUGCAAAAUGAAUUAAUGGUUUACAUGCAGGCAUAAUAUCAUAUGUAAACUAAUAGUUAUUUGGCCGGUGAGCACAUAAAUAAAUCAGUUUCCUGUUUAUUCAUCUUCAUGCAUCCUGCACCACAAUGUAAUGUAACUUAUUUAUCCCCAGUAUUAAUGCACUUGGAAUAUACUGAUGGAAGAUCAGUAAACAUGAUCACUACUUAAUUAAAUAUUGCCCUGGGGCUGACCCAGUUAUCUCCUCUGCACUCAGAGAUUGCAGGCAGGGUAUGAUGUUACUUUAUGUUAUAUCCGAAUGCAUAAAGCCAAUAUUUGUGUACAGUUGUAUUUAUUGAGAUAUUUAUUUUGAUGCUUAGCAAUGCUUAAGACUCUUACCCUCUUCUUUGUGAUGGUGGAUGUAUGGUUUUGUGUCACUCACAUUAGUUUUAAAUGCUAAAUCAAAAAGGAUUACUCCUUUUAUACAAUCAAUCAUGUCAAGUGCGUGAGGACACACACCUUUUUGUGCCUACUGUGUUGCUAAGAGGGAAUCGGAAGUGUUUCGCUGACUGAAGGGAUUACAGGUUAGAAGUGUGUUAGUGGUAGUUAUUGAGUAGUAGCAGUAGAUAGCUUAAGCAACACAAGGUACAUUACUGAGUAUGUAUUGAUGUUCAGACACAGAUGUUUGUCUCGGCGUGUGCCUUGGCACUUUAGGGCAGCUUGAGGAUUCACUUUGUUUGUAUUUAAACAAAAAGGUGUGCCAGCGGUUAUAAGACGACCCUUUUAACCAGUAUUCUUAGGAAAAGGUAGCAACACCAAUAUUUGUAAAUCAAACACAAUGACAGUUACUUAAGUAGCAAUUAUUUGUAAUGACAAAAAAAGGAAAUAUUUGAAGUGGAACCCAUCACAACUGUCCUGUUUAUAAAUACCUGGUCAGUCCUGGAGAUAAAACUUGAUCAAAUGUGAUUUUUAGACCUCAAACAUCUUGUCAAAUGUUAUUGAAAAUCAAGGCCAUAUGUAAUAUAUUUCCCACACCAAAAUGAUGUUCCAUGCUUCCAUGCCAGAUGGUUUUCUUGUUAGUUUUGUUCCUCCUGUGCCGAACAAUGUCUUUUGACAUACAGUUUGUUUGUGCACAAGGGAAAGGAAUCAGUUUGUGUUUGAUUUAGUUAGGAUUCCUCACUGAACCUCCACAACCUCCUCUGCUUGUAAGAUACUGUAAAAUAACUCCAGCUUCCUUGCGAUGCUACUCUUUGCAUGCUCAACAGAAAAAAACACACACAGAACCAACGACACACGGUAUCUCUCUUUGUUCUAUAUAUAUUUUCUCUGACCCAUCUAAUAUUCUUUCUAUUGCCCUUCCCACCUGACUUGUUUCCUUUGCUCCCUGCACUGACUUCACUGGGAUGAAUGUGUUGCAGGAAUAUGAUAGACUGUACGAGCCCAGAGGACUGUACUCGGUGCAAAUACUGACAUGAUGGAAUGACCAGAAUAAAUAAGGAGAAUAGACUUUACAACUGUGAUUUGAAGAAUCAAAGGGAUAGUUCGGAUGUUUUUAGGUGGGGUUGCAUAAGGUACUUUACUAUAGUCAGUGUAUUAUUUACAGGAGAUCACUUUAUGGCCCAUUAUGAAGAAACAGCGUUUAACGUCACAAAGAAGACCCUUUUUUUUUUUUUUUUUUUUCCCCUAGGGGAAAUCUAAAAAAGCUAAGUAAUGUUCUGCUGUUGAACAUAUUUUGAUAUCAGUUUAAGUGUACAGUAUAUUUAGUAUAUUUUCUUCCCUACAUACUGGUCCCUGGAGCCUUGAUCUAUGCUGUAAUAAACUGAUUUUGGAUGAGCACCUCAUGCAACCACAUUUCAAUAGCAGUCACAUAUGGAAAAAAAUCACAUUGCCAAAUAUUUUUAUAGAUUUUGCAGAUGUGGUUUGACUUGAGAUUUGAUAAUAUGAGAUCGUACAGAGAUUGAUGUAUAACGCGUGCUGUUUUGUGCAGACCUUGCAGAUAUCACCGCUCACAGAGCAGCUAUGAUGACUCGUCCUGAAGGCAGACAGCGUUCAGUCAGUCAGUCGCCUUAAUGUCUCCUCUCUGCCCCUCUGUGCAACGCGAGGGAUGACUGAGCCUUGUCUGUGUUGGAGAUCAUUCCACUAUUCGCCCAAGCCAAGCCUUUCUGUCACUCAUCUCCUUGUGUGUGAAAGGUCUGUCAGCGAGGUCAAUAUAUCAACACUGCAAUCAAUGCUGUCAGACUCUUGUGCUUACCAAGCUGUGCUUCUACCGGAGAGAUCCAUGUUUUCUGUGAGAGUGCGUGGGGAAAUGUUUCGAUCGACUGUGUGCAGCAUUCAAGAUGUGUGUGUUAUCAGUAUGCUCUCAAUCUGGAGCGUGCAAUUCCUUAUAUGUCGCCAGCAAUCAUCUUUGAAUCGUCCCUCUUUCAACUCCAGAUUUCAAGAUAUUUCAAGCUUUCAAAGUUCCAAAAGCAGUUGUGCAGACUUUUAAUAUAUACCUGUAAAAUAUAAAGUAAUUAUUUAAAUAAAAAAAGAACUAUUGUAAACUUAAAUGCUAACAGGCUUCAGUGAAAGGGAGGAACAGACAGUAAACAGUGCUGCUGGUUUCUAAAGAUAAUCAGAUUUCUUCUCAUGUUUUCUUUAUUAUUAAUGCACAUAAGUGAUGUGGAGAUGUAGUACUAGUGUUACCCUCCAGAUGAGAUUUUCUUUGUCGCUUUUUAAAGUGGCUUGCUCAUAGAAAGGUGUCAUUUAUAGUAGCUUGCUGGGUAUCUGUGGUAAAUACCCAUAUGCCAGCAAAAGAAACCCAGAUGUUUUAUUUAUUUUCAAAGUUUAGGCGGAAACUAAUGAUAGCUUUGGUGUGCACUUGUACACUUCUCAUGUCAUUACAUUGAAUUACUUGUAAGUAACUUCUAAAUAUUUGACAGAAACUAUUUAUUGUGACAUUUGCUAAUUCACCCAUCCAUCAUUUUGACUUCAAAUGUCAGGAUUUUUUUAAUGGUGGAUAUUUUUAUGUUUGUAAUGUACGUCAUGGUUUUGAAAUGUUACUGUACAGUUUCAAGGAAAGAAUUUAACAAGUGGGAGUUUUGCAUUGUAUAUAACUGUAAUUAUUUAUGUUUAUUCUAUCAUUUGUAUCAUACCAAUGCCUUGUACAGUGUUUUUUUUGUUUUUUGUUUUGAAAUUGUUUUGUAUUUUAUUUUUAUAAACUGGUUAUAAAUAAAAUACUCAUUCCGCAUGCAGACAUAA